AUGGCCACGUCAACAAAAUGGGAGCUGGUGGGCCCGCAAUCGCAAUCAGAGGGCAGAGACACAGUGAAGUCUGAGCUGGAGGGGGACCAAGGGAGGCAAUGGGGCCAAGGCAAAGGCGAAAAGGCCAGUUGGAGCAACACUUGCGCUGCGCUGCUCAAGAUGAUGGCUCAAAACCGUUAG